AAAGCGCCAACUUAUUCCACAUCUUUUCCUUCUUUCGUUAGAUAUUUUUCUCCAUUCAAGAAUUAUCUCUCUUCAGGUUUUAUCUACCUACCACGCUCUUUUAAGCAAAAACUGGCUCUGCCAACUUACACUCUUUUCAACUUCUCUUAAUCUUCUAAAUUCAUAAUGUUCUCCAAAAUCUUUUCUCUCACCACUUUGGUGGCAGCAGCCUCUGCCUACACGGUUUUGACUCCAACCCUCAACUCUACCGUUCCAAAGGGUCAAGCCACUAGUGUAACUUGGUCUUCCGUCGACACAGAUGCAUCUACAUUCUCCAUCUACCUCGUCAACUUCAAAGAUUGGCCACCUACCGUCAUAUCCCUCGCUCAAAAUGUUCCACAAUCCGAUUCGAGCGUCGAUGUUACUAUUCCCUGUGAUGUAAGCAGUGAUUACGGAUGGCAAAUGAAUUUCAUCAACGGAACCAAUACCUACGUGAUCUACGCUCAAUCUAACAAAUUCUCUCUCUCGGGAUCAUGCGUUGAUCCAACUACCUCUUCCUCCGUCUCAGUCACUACAACCACUGCCUAUGCAACCAAGAACUCAACCGUUACUGCUUAUGCCACCAAUAACUUUACCGCCACUGCUUACCCAACUGCUACCACAACCGCCAUUUCGAAAGUUAUCGAAACUGUAACUUUCACAAGCCCAAUGGUUUGGUUCGUUCAACCUACCUCUACUGGCGCCAUGUGUGCACCACAAAAGACGAAUACUGUUACAUUCUACGCUAAUGGUCCAACUCCAACUGUUACAGUCUACGCUAAUCAGCCAACCUCAACCUCAACUGUUACUGUCUACGCUAGCGGCUCUGUCCCAGGUUCUUCAUCUGGCUCAUCAACUCCAGGCUCAUCUACCCCUGGCUCAUCAACUCCAGGCUCGUCAUCUCCAGGCUCAUCUACCCCUGGUUCAUCUACUCCAGGCUCGUCAUCUCCAGGUUCAUCUACCCCUGGUUCAUCAACUCCAGGCUCGUCAACUCCAGGCUCAUCUACCCCUGGUUCAUCAACUCCAGGCUCGUCAACUCCAGGCUCAUCUACCCCUGGUUCAUCUACUCCAGGUUCUUCGACUCCAGGCUCGUCAACUCCUGGCUCAUCAACUCCAGGCUCAUCUACCCCUGGCUCAUCAACUCCAGGCUCGUCAUCUCCAGGCUCAUCUACCCCUGGUUCAUCUACUCCAGGUUCUUCGACUCCAGGCUCGUCAACUCCUGGCUCAUCAACUCCAGGCUCAUCUACCCUGGCUCAUCAACUCCAGGCUCGUCAUCUCCAGGUUCAUCUACCCCUGGUUCUUCGACUCCAGGCUCAUCAACUCCUGGCUCAUCUACCCCUGGUUCAUCUACCCCUGGUUCAUCUACCCCUGGUUCAUCUACCCCUGGUUCAUCUACCCCUGGUUCUUCGACUCCUGGCUCAUCUACCCCUGGUUCUUCGACUCCUGGCUCGUCAACUCCAGGCUCAUCAACUCCUGGCUCAUCUACCCCUGGUUCUUCGACUCCUGGCUCAUCUACCCCUGGUUCUUCGACUCCUGGCUCGUCAACUCCAGGCUCAUCUACUCCAGGUUCUUCAUCUGGCUCUAGUUCAUCGACUCCAGGCUCUCCAUCCAGCUCCGGUGCUUCUUCAUCUAUCCCUGGUAGUUCAACUGGUUCAGGUUCUAGCUCAUCUGUCCCUGGAACUUCAUCUGGUUCAAGCUCAAGCUUCAGCUCGACCCCUGGCUCUGGUUCAGGUUCCGGCUCAGGUAGCCCUUCAUCAGGAACUUACGGUGGUAACUCUACCAGCCCUGCAUCACCAUCCGGUACUGGUUCAAGCUCAACAAGCACAUCUACCCUCCCAGUCUUCACUGGUGCUGCUACCUCGGUUCAAGCAGGCAAUAUGCUCGUACUUAUUGCUGGUGCCGCUGCAUUCUUGUUGUAAAUUUAGAUUUUAAGUUUUGUGUUUUGAGAGAUAGCGCGGAUUGAGGUGGAAGACAAGGAGUGGAUGGGAUAUCGAGUGGUUGGACUCCUUUGGGUAAUUGAUAACUGGAAGGGGAGGAGAGGAGAGGAGAAGAAAAUUUUAGUAAAUCUGAUCUUCAUGUACAAAUAGAUACCUUAUACACAUGCAUUUACACAGACAGUCAAACAGACAAGCAGACAGAUAUAUACCUCAAUAGACCUCCACAGACCAAAACAUUG